AUACAAUAUUAAUAUUAUUCACAUUCUGAUGUGUUCAACAACAGAUGUGUAGACAGAUAUAACACAUGUACAGAAAUGAAAUCUAAUAUAAUUUAAACAUAAGCAUUAAGGUGUCUGUAAUAGAAUAUACUUGUGAAAAACGUGUGAACACAUUAUUAAAUACAUUUUUAUAGCUUCCCAAUGUUAUUUUACGAUGGCUUACUAAAUUGCUCGGUGGCUUCAAAAGCCCCCUGUCUGUCUUCUAGGGGGCAUACACAUUAUUGGUAAAAACAUAGCAAAUAUUGCUAUUCUAAAAUGAAAUGGUAAUCUAUUAAUAACAAGCAAGGUUGGGGAGUAACGGAUUACAUGAAGGGAUAAAAUAAACUGUAAUCCGUUACCAGCAAAACUAUUGUUAUCAGAUUACGGAUACUUUUGAAAAACUAGAGAUUACUUCGAGGAUUACUUUUAAAUUCAGAAAGGAUGUUUGCGGAUUUUUUUUUUACACUUCUCUGUUUUUUUUCAAUGACAUUCAAUUCAGCAUUGAAAAAAGGCGUUUACAACUGGAUCGCGGGAAAAGAGCAGGAAUAGGCUUUCGUAGGCUACAGUCCAAGCUAUGUCUUCCAAAUGUGCGACUGCUGUCGGUAUCCAAAGAUUAUCCAACUUGAAUAAAUGCUUGGAGAAUUUUGUCCAAAACAUGGGCGUCACUGUCUGGCGCCCCUGUUCUUCCAUGAAGGGGUAUUGGGGACCCAGGUGUGUCUGAGUCUGGGAGGUAGGCGUGUGGAGAGGAACAGGGAGACCUUCCAGAAUGGUCUGACCUUCAGCAGUUGUCCAAUCAGGGUCCAGGAGAAGAUACAUCUGCGGGUGGAGCUUUGUGACCAGCACUGGAAUGGAGCUUUGCGGGUGGGAUUCACCUCCAUACCCCCCUCCUCCUGUGGGCCACUCUUCCCCCCUGCCAUGGCCAUCCCUGACCUCACUACCAUCGACCGGUACUGGGCAGCCCCCGUGCCCUCCAGCCUCAACAUGCCAGAGGCAGAGCUCCGCUUCUGGGUAACCCCUAAAGGGGUGCUGGUGUGCGAGGGGCAAAAUCGUGUGAGGUACCUGCUCCUGGAGGGGGUGGAUGUGAGAAGCCCCCUCUGGGCUAUUAUAGAUGUCUACGGGCAGACCAGAGCUGUGCUCUUAUUGGGAUCAAAACAAAAAGGAUGCAAUACGUGUAGGUCCUGCCCUUAUGAGGACAGCUGCAUGUGUGUGAACAAGGGUCUUCCCAGUUGCACCCCUCGGGGCAUCCACCUCCCCACUGACCCUAUCACUACCACACAGAUGGACUCCUCUGCAGAGCGGGACUUGGUUGAAGAUUGCGCUGUGUGUCUAUCCUUGAGAGCUUCUGUUGUCCUAUCCUGUGGGCACCGCUGCCUGUGCCAAUGCUGCGCAGUGCGCGUCACCGCUGAGUUUGGAAUCUGCCCGCUGUGUCGCCAGUCAAUCAGAUAGCGCUGACAGGUGGAAAGAAAGUUGACUGACAAAAAUUGAAAGCACAUUUUCUAUACCAGGUGAAAUCGCACAUCAUUAGUUCAUUGUUAUGGAUGUGCCAAAUAAAUGUCACUAGAAAACACCUUAGACAAAUGCAGUUACUUUGUUGUUACUCUGGCUGCACUGUUGACGUGACCUUAAGUUAGCCAUAGUUGGCUAGCUAGCAAGCAAGGGAUAAGAAAGUUGCCAGCCAGUAUGGCAGUAUAACAUUUAGAUAGAACGACUGGGUCGCGUCCAUAGAUACUGAACAAAAAUACUUAAUGACUGGAUCACGUCUCUGGCAACGAACCGAUAGAAAGAAUGACCUGCCGGCUUGGGUAGCAACUCUAGGUUUGUGUCGGGACUAUAUGUUUCGGGGCAAUAUGUUGUGGAAGGAUGAAAUAGUAUGAAUAAAUUCAUAAAAAUAACAUUUUCAAUGAAAAUAUGUAAAUAAUUUGAAUAUGUUGGCAACCCCUUGUAUAAAAGUGAUAAUACCCUUGAAGCCGGUGUUUGGAGGAUAUAUUGCCACCAUUUGCAGGCCCUUGACUUUCUCUCGGGCCUAACAACACCCGUGCCAAUAUAUCCUCCAAACACCAGCUUCAAGGGCACUAUCACUUAAAUAACAGGCCCAGGCUAUGCUAACUUGAUGUACUGUAGGCCUAGACUUUGUCAAUGUACAGAUGUGUUAAAAGUUUCACUAUAUAAAUCCACAUGUAAAUAAAAGUGCAUUUAUCCUCAAAGGUACACUGUUC